AAAAAAGCACGAUGAAAUGGCGGAAAUCUCCCCGAACCAACUCGGAAACCACUCGGGUUUUAGCUAUAAAAGGACCAUUCCAGAGCGUGGAAAACCUUCUUUCUUCUUUUUCUUCUCCCUUCGUGGCAUCCAUAUCUCGGUCGCUUGCUAAUCGCGUUCUCGAUUCAGAUCCUGUGUUUCAUCGUCUUCCGAUCUAAUCUCGGUUUGAUCUCGACCGCGGCUAUGUGUUUCUGUUUGCCGUUUCAAUGGUAACGUAUUCCUAAUGAGUUACGAAAUUCUCCUGCGCCGGAUUAGAAUUCUGCACUCCUUCUCGGUUGUCUUUCUCUACUGGUUCUACGUCUUUUCAUGAACUAGUCCUCUCACUCCGUCCGAUUAUUUUUUUUCCUUAUUUAGUUAUUUCCCCCUUUUCUCACUCUAAUUCUUAAAACCCUAGUUUUCGCAAUCUGUCAUAAGGACUCGUCUUUUCUUUGAUUCGAUUGAGUUUAAAAAGUGUAAAUACUCAAUUCCAUUCGAAGCGUUUCUGGAGGAGCUGUUAGCUAGAAAAAUGGCUUCCAUGAAACAGCCGCCGAGUUCAGGAUCGGAGGGGGACCCGCGGUAUGCGGGGGUCGACGAGAGGAAAAGGAAAAGGAUGAUAUCAAACAGGGAAUCCGCGAGGAGGUCCCGGAUGAGAAAGCAGCAGCAAAUGGAAGGUUUGAUCGGCCAACUCAACCAAUUGCAAAAUGAGAACAAGCUAAUUGAAGAGAAGAUCAGUGGGGUUGCCAACACGUACAUUGGGCUUGCAUCUGAAAACAACGUUCUGAGAGCUCAGCUUGCUGAAUUGGCUGAUAGGCUGCGAUCUCUGAAUUCGGUGCUUCAGAUCGCAGAGGAGGUUGGCGGCUUUGCAAUCGACAUUCCUGAAAUUCCGAAUGCUUUACUUGAGCCCUGGCAGCUCCCUUGUCCAAUGCAGCCUGUUGGAGCCUCCGCAGGAAUGUUUGAGUUUUGAGUACUCCUAUCAGCGCCAAAAUCCAGUCCUUGGGACUCCAGAUUUGAUUUUAUGUGGAUUAAGUUGGUUUAUCCUUAUGCCCUUGCCUCCGCCCCCCUUUUGGUGUGUAAUAUUUUGGUGUCUAUUAGGUGUGGUUAUGGUCUCUACAAUGGGAGUGUCCUUAGUUCAGACUUACUAUGUUACUUUUGCUUGGUUUGAAUGUAAACACUGGUUAUUCUCUA